AUCGUUCUCUGGCCGGCACCAAGUCGCGGUUGCAGUGCGGGUUGGGCAGUAGAGGUGAAAUUGGCUCUUCUGCCAAUCUAAUGGAACAUCGUUCCUUCGAACAAGUGUCGUCUGCGAUCGUGUUAAACAAAUCAAACAUUCGUCACAAACGCGACAAUUGUCGAAAGCAACAAAUCCUGCUGCUUCUAUUAUGUUGUUUAAACGGAUCAUUGAAGGAAAGUCCAUGUUGAACGCUGAUGCCAAGAAUAAAUUGCCGGAGAAAUGUUCUAGAAGGAGGUCGGAAUGUGAUGGAUGUGGAGAACAUUCCACGUACAAAGCGGGAUCUAUAGAUUAGCAAGAGAACUCCGAGAAGUCGACUUCCGCAAGCUAUUUUUACCAUGUACUUUCAUAAACAACCAUUAUUAAAGUUGACUCAUUAAAUUCUGAAGCUUGCAGAACUUAAGUAUUUUGGAGGAAAUGAUGAAAAUGGUACUGCUCGGCGUGGUGUUAUGGGCGGGAGUGACUUUCGGGAGUCAUGUGGCUCCGUAUCCUCUCAACCUGCUAGUUUCGACGGAUAUUAUACAUCCACCGCCGAUGUACGAUUUCCCGUUUCCUAGUGCGGAUAUGCUAAAGCGAUUACCUCACGUGACAGCACUGCACAAAAACAGAUCUGUGAGCCUGAGUAAAUUGGAAGUGUCGAUGUUGGAGCGACUGGAGUUGAACUUGCAAGCGGCAGGGAUCACGCCCAAAUCGGGCUCGGCUGCGCAAGGAUUAGCCAUACACGGUCAAGCAUCCGAUGACGCAAUGCACUACGAGAAAUCAUCUCUGACAAUAACGAAGGCAUCCCAGAAUCUCGUCUAUACUAGAUGUAGAAGAUAUGGUUUGCCGUGUGAUGAGUGCGCGAGUUUCAUCAGCACUUUGAACUUGCGUGAGAGUGAGUAUGGUGGGGAGUGUGCGAGCCUUGAGCGGUUUGUGUGUCGUACGAACAAGAAGUCUUCUAAGUACCGAACCUUUGACGGCUCAUGUAACAACCCGGUGCGCUCGUCCUGGGGCCAGGCUCUUACAGGAUACAAACGAAUUCUCCACCCGAGAUAUGCUGAUGGCAUCGAUGAGCCUCGUACGGCCCUCAGCCACAAGCCUCUUCCGUCGGCUCGUCUUGUUAGCACAAAAUUGGCAAAUAACUUCGACAAGCCUGAUGACACGAAGACCAUUGCUUUGGCUGUUUGGGGACAAUUCCUUCAUCACGACUUAGUCCACACGCCUGUGAGGAAAACAAUUCACACAAACCAAGCCAUACGUUGCUGUGAUAACUCCGGGUAUCCACUUACCCCGCGGUAUCUUCAUCCGAGUUGCAUGCCCAUCUCCGUCCCUCAUGAGGACCCUAUUUACAUAGACAAGUAUGUGACUUGCAUGGAGUACACCAGGUCUGUCACAACGUACCGAGGCGACUGCACCUUUGGAGCUUCUGAACAGAUGAACCAAGCUACCCAUUUCCUCGAUGGAUCGCAAAUCUACGGCUCCAACGCUCGUGACGCGAUGGCUCUCCGUGAGAAGGAAGGUGGUUUGCUCAAAACUUCCAGUAUUCAGGAUGAGGAGCAUUUGCCGCUAGUUGAUAACCCCCAGGAGAAGUGUCUUGGCAAUUCUAAAGACGCAAUUUGCUUCAAUGCUGGUGAUAUCCGCGCUAACAUGCAUCCUUGGUUGACUGGCAUUCACGCACUCUUCGUGAAGGAGCACAACCGUAUUGCAAGGUCCCUUGCUGCUUUCAACCCUGCCUGGACCUCCGACAAGCUGUACCACGAGGCUCGAAGGAUCGUUGUCGCACAAUUACAGCAUAUCACUUACAAACAUUGGGUGCCUGCAUUGACUGGCAAAGCCCUCGACGAGCUGUACGACAGCUACGACACCGGCUACAACUCGGACGUGGACCCCACCAUCACUAACUCGUUCGCGACGGCGGCUUUCCACUUCGUGAACAGCAUGCUCGAUCAGGACGUCGACUUGGUCGCCGACGACAAUGUGACGUCACUGCGACUCGCCGACACCUACUACAGGCCUGAUAGUGUUGUGCAGAAUGGGUUAGAGAAGAUACUGCGGGGCAUGGUCAGUCAGAAGAUGCAGGCGUUGGACUUUAAUUAUGACGAUGAUCUCCACCAUCACUGGUUGGGUGGGUUGGAUGUGCUAGCAAUUGAUGUACAACGCGGCCGCGACCACGGCCUCCCCGCCUACACUCAGUAUCGCGUUUUGUGUGGAUUACCAGCUGUCGCCAGCUUCCAGCACCUCACCGAUGUUAUCCCCCAGGAGAUGGUUGACAAAUUGUCGCAGCUGUACGAACAGCCUGGGGAUAUAGACCUCGUGGUGGGCAUGAUGGCGGAGACACACCUACCCGAUUCUUUGCUCGGCCCCACUGCCACUUGCUUUAUCAAGGAGCAGCUGUGGCGCACGCGCGCGGGCGACCGGUACUUCUACUCGCACGGCGCGGAGGCGGGCAGCUUCUCCAAGCGACAGCUCGCCGAGCUCAAGCGCGCCUCCCUCGCGCGCCUCCUGUGCGACAACCGCGUACUCGCCAGCGUGCAGAAGGACGUCUUCCAACCGCCUUCUGAAAGUAACCCAGUGGUCCCCUGCAGUGAUAUAAAGCGAGUGAAUUUGGAAGCAUGGCAGGACUCGGCGCAGCAGCCGGACCUCUUCACUCGCACCAACAAAUGGAUUAAGAACAAGGUCGCCAGCGCGGGGAACACCACCAAGUAGACUUUCAACUGUAGUUUAUAGUUUGUGUGGUCUACGGCGCAAGUGUAGUUGAAGGCAGAAAAUACACUGUAUUGCGAUAAAAAUAAGCGUGAAAAUUGCCUGAGAGCGUGACUGGACUACCUUCAUAAUACAAUUUGGAAUGAACUGUAUGGCUAUGACGCUCACUAAAUAGUUAUCCACGUCUUUUAUUUUAAACGUUUCGAGAAAACAGUGUAAAUUUUUUAAUUGUAAAUUAUAUAACUGUAUUUAAAUGUAAAUUAUGUAACUGUCUAAUGGAUAUGAUUGUGAACUUCAUGCAUGUGUGAAUUAGUUACAGUAACUACGUUCAAGGAUGGUCGGCUUGAAGUUAGUAAUAAGUGAUGACAGUUGUUGAGAGUGUCGUGCUUAACUUCAAGGCGGCCAUGUUUGACCGGCCCUAUACUCUUUUAUCAUUGGACCGGCCGCACUAAAUUGCGCCGCAGAUUUUGUAUGUUGCAAGUGUCAGUAUUGCGAUAGAAUACGUCAUGUUAUUUAAUUAGUUUUAGUCAAUCACGUUCCUGAUGCGAAAUUAUUCGUAGAUAAGUAACAGUCUGUGUGACAAUUUUUUACUUUAUAAAAUGUAUGAAUCGGUACUAUGUUGUACAGCGGCUGUGAUCAAGUGGUUUGAUGUAACCACUUGUGUUGAACUACUGAAUGGGAUAUGAGUGUGGUUCUUGAUAAUAUGUUAAAAACUGUGGAACCAUGUAAUUUUUUUAUCCUAACAAAAUAUGUGUCGCAAAUGUGUGAUGAGAAAGAACUUUUGAAUGAGUAAUUACAGCCAUUUAUAAAAUAUGUUAAAACGAUUGGCGCUGCCAUUUUAAGGUUGUAAUUUAGUAAAAAAUACGAAUAUAAUUGUUUUUGUGGUCAUUAAUUUGAACGAAAAAAAUACAUUUUCAAUAAUAACGCACAAAGUAACUCGUGGAAUGUUUCUAAUUUGAAAUUGUAAUGUGCUUCUGGCACAAUGACAUUAUUAUUGUCUGAUUUUGUUUGUAAAUGUGUAUGUUUUUAAUCUUUAUUUCUAACUUUUAAAUCAUAUCAGUAAGAACGUGAUGUCUGUAUACAGUUGAGGUUUAAAUGAGCACAGUAUUCAGUCUGUGUGCAUUUCCAGUACUAGCUUUUCUAUGCUUGUCUUCAAUGUCUGAACGUUAAUUUGAUUAUGUUAGACACUUAGUAUAAGAUACAUUGUUUAAUGUUAUAAUCUUUAUUUCUAUGCAGACGAAUGCAAAAAGGGUCGUUGCUGCAUAAAAUACACCUUUUCAACAAAAAUUGUGCAACUUUUGUAGGCGCCUGUAUUUAAUUUACUGUUGGCAUGUGUGCCACCAAUGCCAAAGACUGGAAUGCAACUGAUAGCGAAUAGAAAACACGAAUUUACGUUUUGGUAUAACUCAUGAUUGUCAUCGUCAAUACUUAAAUAUGAGUGUAUUUCAGACAUGAUUCGCCGGUAUAUAAGUAUUGUCGUAUGUAACAAUGACACUGAAUAUUUUUGUUAAUUUAAGAUGCUAUAGUUUAGAUGAUGCACUGAAAAAUCCUUUAAAUUAUUUUUUAACAGACUAAAACGCUCUUUAUAGAAAAUAGACAACAUAAAUUGUAUGCUUAUCACACCAAUGGUUUUAGUUUAUGGCACACACGACUGUCUCGCCAGUAGUUGACACUGCAAAUGUUCUAUGCUCAUUUAUCGCAAUUUUCAAUAAACCAUCCCAAUCGCUUUCUCGAUCUAUCUUAAAAAUCGACCAAUCAGAACGAAGUUUUAUUUGACAUGCCUAUAAAUGAGUCAUUUUGAUUGGUUCAUUCUCGGAAUCGGAUUGAAGAUUGAGAUUGGGAUCGUUUAUUGAAAAAGGCUGUUAGUUAUAAUAAUCAGCUAAAUCAGUAUGUUAAGUCACAAAUUGUAUAGAAAAGAAUUGGUUGAUAGUAGAAAUUACCUAGUGAAUUAAGCAUAGUUAUUAUUUACCAAAACUGUAAUAAAACGCAUAUAAAUGCCAUGUGUUAUGUGAUAAGCUUCAAAUAAGAUAAGCCUCGGAGUAGUUUCAGUCUGUGUUUAUGAACAAAAUAAAUGAUAUGUAUGUCUCAAAUUAUUCUUGUUAUUUUAUAUUACUUAAUUUCAUUAAAUAUAUAAUAUAUUUAUCACUGCCUUGUA